AUGGCAUUGGGAACAGCCGACAGCAUCGAUGCCCCCAGAGAUCCCCUGCCCAAGCCGCUGGGCCCGCAUCUGCGCCUUCUUGGUAUAAACGCCGGCGUCCCGUUCGGAGUCCUCACUUCUGCGCUGGACGCGCUUCAGAUUCGCCCUGCCGUUGCAUUGUUGGUGUGCGACCCAGACACUCACACGCCGCAAGUCAAGUCAAAUCCUGUCAGCAGCAGCAGCAGCAGACCCCUCAACCUGCAGAAACUGGAGAAGAAGAGAGAGGGAGAUACCGGUAGCAACAGGCCCUCACCUGAGACCGAAUCUGGAGCACAGGAAUCGGCACAUCAGAGACAGGAAAAAAGCACAUACGGAUACCGUUCUCGCCCGAUCCCGCUCACUCGCUCGCUCGCUCGCUCCGCCGAACCGAACCAGAGCAUUGCUGCCGUUAAGAUGAGCAUUCAAUAUCGGCGUCUGGACCCUUCGAGGCGUGAGAUCCGCCUGCUUGAGAUUCAGUCCGCGCGCAGCCUCAGCGAUCCAGUCGAGUGUCGGCUCGUCACAGUUCGCCUGACGGAUGAGCUGUCCCGCGAGUACAUCGCCCUCUCGUCACUCUAUGGCGACGCGGCCGAGACCGAAAAGAUCUUCGUGGGCGGCCAUGCCGUCACUAUCACGGCUCAUCUGGCUCAGGCACUGAAGCAGGUCCGCGCCGUCUUCUAUCCGACUAUCUCGCAGCGCUUCCAAAGGACGCCGGCCAGGCGGCCUCACGGCGCCCCGAGAUGGCUUAGGCAGCUCUUCGGUCUCGGUAGCUCACGUCAGAGUGACUUGGAGUCGAGGUGUUUGAGGGUGUGGUGCGACUUCCUCUGCGUCAACCAACGUGACGACGUGGAAAAGUCCAAGCAGCACACGGACAUGCGUAACAUCUAUCGCAACGCGGAGCUUGUCGUCGGGUGGCUGGGCGACAAGAGGGACGACACCGAUGAGGCCAUGGCCGCUCUUGCGCGGAUCGAGGACGCUAUGCCGCCCCACUGGGGCGACCCCGGCGACCGCGAAAAGCACCCCGAAGACUACGCGCCAUUUCACAAGUGGGCGGUCCCCAUCGCGUCUCUAUGGGCUCCUGGUCCCGACGGCGAGAUUCCGUUCCUGAUGCCACAUUGGGCCGGUGCCAACGACUUCAUGGGCCGUUCCUACUUUCAACGUCGCUGGAUCCUUGAAGAGCUCGCCAUGGCAAGGUUCCCUACCUUUUUGAUUGGAGACACCAUUGUUCCGUGGAAGCAGGUACUUCGCUUGAACCGCAUGAUGGAGGAAUUUAAGUAUCAUCCGUCCGACAUCUUCCCCGCGAACCUAUCGGCCAUGAUAGCCGAGUUACCUCUUGAGACAGCGCACAAGCUUCUCGAUGAGUUUGCAAAGCGAGAGGCACUAGAGGAGGCCCAGAUCCUCAAGGAGACGGGAAGCAGCCGGGCGACCUCGUCCACGCGAUCCACCGACACCAAGUAA